AUGGCUCCGCCUCCUCUGACUCCUCCGGUCCCGAAGCCUCGAUCCCGAUACGUGAAGGACAACCUAAGCCCCGCCUCCUCUGUGGACAGAGAUCUGAUUGGCCAGACUCUGCCUUCCUGUAACGGAGCUCACCUGACCUCAGAUGCUCCUCCUCUCGGUGACGUCUUCCCGUCUCUGCCUGGCAUCGCUGACAUCAUCUCCGUGAACAUCCCUUCUCUGGCUGAUGUCGCCGCCUCCAUCAGUGGCUCCGCCCCUUCUGCCCCCUCUGCCCCCCCCUCCGCCCCUUCUGACCCCUCUGCCCCCCCCUCCAUCAACACCAUAUCUGACAGCAUCUCCUCCCACAUACCAAGCUUAGCCGGUGCUGCUGCUACGUUAAGCCCCGCCUCCCCCACCUCACCUGUACCUGCUGCUAGCUUAGACAGCAUCUUUGGCUCAUUAGCUAACAUGCCCCUUUUAGCCGGGAUUGUUAGCGAUGUGGCUAACCCUGCUGUUAGCUCCACGACAACCCCGUCUGCCCCGUCCCCCACAGGUGGUAAAUACCGCCCCCCGUCUCUGCCCAUCCACACAGAUGUUGGAGCACUGUCACAGCUGGUGAUGUCCACUUUAGACCAGACCUCAGGUGUCACAUUACCUCCACUAGAGGGAGCUGUGGACUCAGCAGAGGAAGUUUUAAGCCCGUCUCCUAACACCAACAAAAAAGAGAAUCCUUACAUCACCGUGUUGGCGUGUUGGGAGAACCAAGAGGAAGCUGACAGUGAGUCAUCCAAUGAGGAGGAAGACACAGGAGCAAGCCCCGCCCCCUCUGCAGCUGAAAGACCAAUAGAACGAGAUCAUCCUCCCAGUCCAUCUUCAGACACCAGCAAUAUCAUCUUCAGUCAAUCAGAGCGGAUCAUCCCCACUCGACCGGCCCCGCCUCCUCCUCGUCUAGCUGGCCAAUCGGGAGCACCACGGAAACUUGCAAAACAGAAAACUCCAAGAGCGGCAACUAUUCGCGUGUCGAGGAAGAAGGGGAGCAAAGGGAGUUCAGCUCCACAGAGCGCUGUGGUCCGCAGCAGCUGGUUGGAUGUCUGGAAAGGCUUCAGACACAAUGUUUUAUGGGCAACGCUGGACGGACAGCUGAUGUCUCUGUGGAAGAAAAGAACGGACCGUCUCAGUGAGGUGGUGUUUCAUGUCUCCAGCAUCACAAACGUGAAGAAACUAGAUAAACGAAGGUUUUCCAUUUACUUCAAGAAGAAACACUACGACUUCAUGGCCCACAGCGACGAGGUUCAGGAGGGUUGGGUCACGUCUCUACUGGCAUGUCGAGGUCAGCCAAGCCCCGCCCCCUCAGAGCUGCACGGACCGAUCACCAUCAAGGACCCCCGUAGCCGUGGUUACGCGGCGGUGUGGGGUCACGACCUGUGGAUGUAUCCCAGCAAGGAGAGCUUCUCCCUGGGCAUCGCGUCCUGCAGCGUCCCCUUAAACCUGGCCUCCGUCAGAGCGUCUGGGAAGCAUUCCUUCAUCCUGACCUCACCAUACAGGACCUUCAGCCUGUCUGUGGACUCGUCUAAGGACCUGUCUGUGUGGUUGGACGGUCUGUCCUCGUCCAUCAGCAGCGCUCUGUCCUGCAGCCAGGUGGCGCUGCGUCUUUGGGAGAAUCCCGACAACAAGCUGUGUGGAGACUGUGGCUCCGCCCAGCCGGAGUGGGCGUCGGUCAACCUGCUGCUGGUCAUCUGUCACACCUGUGCAGGUCAGCACCGAGCGCUGGGAAGCAACCGCUCAAAGGUACGAAGUCUGAAGAUGGACAGCAAGGUGUGGACCGAACCACUAGUACAGCUGUUUGUUGCCUACGGUAACCGGCUGGCCAAUCAGGUGUGGGCUCCCGUGGUGCCGGUGGCGGAGCAGCUGCGUCCGGAGGCGUCCGACGAGCAGAGGUCAAAGUUCAUCCAGGAUAAAUACAUCAGAGGGCUCUACAGGCGAGUCCACCCUCUGACCUCGUCCCCCUCUCUGAUGGACCAGAGGCUGCGAAAAGUCGUGUGUGGAGACGAUGUGGAAGAAACCAUGUCACUGAUCUGUUCGGGGGCCAAGGUGUGUCAGUCAGACCCUCAGAGCCCCUCCCCCAUCCUGCUGGCUGAGAGAGCCGGUCAGGCUCUGCAGACCGAACUGCUGAGACUCAACCAGUACAUAGAGGUCCCGCCUUACCUGCCCCAGUCAGCCAAUAGGAGCGAUGACCCCGCCCACUCAGGUGAGGAAGAGGAGGAGCUUCAUGGUAAACUGGAGGAAGAUCGUUUUCUCUUCUCGUUAGAAAACGAGUCGGCAGCAUGCGACGUUCUGGACCUGCGAGAAGUUCUGUCUGUGUUCAUCCAGCACCAGGCGGCUCAUCAGUUCGAGAUCGUGACGUUGAGCGAUCAUCUGAUCUGUGUUGCUGAUGAUGAUGAAGGUCUGCUGAGUCACAUGACUCACAUCCUGAAGGUGAUCCUGCCGGGGGGUGUGUCCUAUGCGGAGGUGGGCGGAGCCUCUGCUGUCAGUAAGGUGUGUGUGGUGGAUGUGGGCGGAGCCUCCAGUAUGUCUGAUGUCUGGCUGUUACUAUGGGAGGGAGGAGUCAGCAUCCACCCCCCCCACAGACACACACAGGGGACUCUGAGGAUGGAACUGAACACGAUCUGUCGCCAUGAAAUGGAUCUAUCUGAAAACACCAUCACCAUGGCAACAGCAGACAGGUGUGUGUCUCUGCGAUUGGAGGAGGAGCACAGCUGUCACACCUGGUUCCAACACCUGCAGAGAGCUCUGUCCAAUCAGGGCGCUGCACAGCAUCCCCCUGCAGCCAAUCACAGAGCAGCUCAUCAGCCUCUGUACCCACAGCUGGACGUCAGGUCCUUAGUCCCGCCCCCCGUCCUCACCUGUAUCUCUCACAUCAACCAGCACGGUCUGAAGGUGGAGGGCGUGUACCGUCGCUGUGGUCUGGCCACUAAAGUGAGCCAAUUGGUUCAUGCUCUGAUGACAUCACCAGGCUCCGCCCCCCUGCAGAGUGAUGAGCAGGGUGUUUUGGACGCAGCCGCUGCCCUCAAACAAUAUGUCCGCCAGCAGGAGGCGCUGUUCCCCGAGAGAGACAGACAGGCCUGGCUGCAGGCCGCCGUGAUUCCAGAUGAGCGCUCCAGGUUUUCAGCCUAUCGACGGUUGCUACGGAAACUGCCUGACAACAACAGAGCAACGCUGAACGCUCUGUUUGGACACUUCUACAUGGUCCAGGUGUUCUCCCAGGUGAACAAGAUGUCGGCUCAGAACCUGGCUGUGGUUCUGCUCCCGUCUCUGUUCCAGAGUCUGAACCAGGAUCUGCUGCGUCUCAUCAGAGAGUUCAUCAUCCACCACACGCUGCUGUUCCUGACCCCUGAGGAAGAGGAGCGGGAGGGGGAAGAGCAGAUCACAGUCUUCUGAUGAAGAUCGCUGUCUUUCUGUCUUUCUGUUGAAUUUAAACAUUUUAAUU